AUGGCGUCAACAUGCGGUGCCAAACGCAAAGCCGUGGACAUUGCAACAAAGGUUGCAAUCGUUACUGACCUGGCGAGGGGCGAGAAGAACUCGGAUUUGGCUAGGAAGUAUGGUUUGUCCAGGUCCACGAUCUCGACAAUUGCAAAGGACAAAGAGAAGUUUUUGCACGCCACCAUCAACGCCGACCCCACGACACGGAAGCGGAUUCGCAAGGCGACCUACGCAGACGUCGAAGAUGCCCUCUUGAAAUGGUUUGUGGACGCCCGGUCUCGGAACAUACCGAUCAGUGGGCCAUUGAUGCUAUCAAAGGCAAAAGACUUUGCAUUCCUUUUGGACUUUCCUGAUUUUAGCCCCGGGAAUGGAUGGCUCCAUCGGUUUAAGGUUCGCCAUGGGAUCGUCUUCAAGGGUGUCGCCGGAGAAGCCGCUUCUGUCAACAUGGAGGAUGUCAACACGUGGCUGGACGAAAACAUUGCUACGAUCGUAAGCUACAGUGCGCAGGAUGUGUACAAUGCCGACGAAACUGCAUUAUUUUAUCAAAUGCUUCCUGCAAAAACGCAUGCACUGAAGGGGGACAAGUGUAGUGGUGGCAAGAACAGCAAGCUUCGCAUAACUGUGCUCUUGUGUACGAACAUGGACGGCAGCGACCGGCGCCUGCCGUUCGUAAUCGGGAAGUAUCAGAAGCCGCGAUGCUUCGGCCACUACGUGCCAGUGCGCUAUCGCCACAACAAAAAAGCUUGGAUGACCCGCGACUUGUUUGCCGAGUGGCUUGUAGAGUUCGACCGCGACAUGGCACGACAAAAGAGGAAGGUUCUGCUUGUGCUGGACAACUGUGCUGCGCACCACGUGAAGCCUUCUCUGGCGGCGGUCACAGUGUUGUUUUUGCCGCCGAACGCCACGUCGAAGAUUCAGCCGCUGGACUUAGGCAUCAUCCAUGCGUUUAAAGUGUGCUAUAGGCGGCGUUUGGUGCAGCGGCUCCUGAUUGCCAUCGAUCGUCCAACUGUUGACAUCCCGCUCCGCAUCUCCUUGUUUGGUGCCGUGGAAAUGAUCAAGGCGUCUUGGAUGGAAAUCAGCAGUCAGUGCAUUCUCCAUUGCUUUCGCAAGGCGGGAUUCAUGGAUGCUGUCAACGAAGACGAUGCGGUUGUGGAUACUUGUCAACAAGAUGGGCUCCACGAAGAGUUGUGGAAGCGCGUCGUAGAUGCGGAUCUGGCUGAUCCCAGCAUUGAUUGGGACGACUUUGUUGGCGCAGACGACGGCGCUGACAUCGCAGAGCCGUUCACCGAUGAAGGCAUCGUGAGUGAGGUCAGGGCAGAAUGUGACCCACAGGAUUCUGACGAGAAUGACGAAAACGCGGAGCCUCCCCCGGCGACAGUAAGUUCGUCGGUAGCGAUUGAGUAUAUUGCUUCCCUGAAGCGGCUUGUGUGCAGCAAAGAACUGGGCGACGAUCAUUUGGCCGCACUGAAUAAGCUCGAGAGCGCCGUGAUAAGCUCGGCUUUCGGCGCGCAGGCCCGUAUCACUGACUUUUUCUCAAAAUAAACAUGCAUAGUUGUGAAUUCUGACGUUUCCUCACUUCACUAUGGAUGGUUCACUUAGUACGAAUGCUCGGAUAUAACGAACAAA